GCCUGGUCUCCCGCAUUCCCCUCUGCUUCUCCGCCGGAUUUGGGGGUUCUCGACCCGAUAGAGCCUUGGGUAAGAGAGAACCUGCAGUAAGUCGUGCUGAACCCCCCAUUGUGCCCUUGCCCCAAUUUUUCUUUUGCUUUUUUGCGCCUCGAAAACAGGGAGAAAAGGAAAAAGUAAAUCCUGGCUGCAGAAAGGGCGGUGCCUGGGUGACGGGUUCCAUAUUAUUCGUUGGGGAGCGGCAAAUUCGUCCCUACGGUCGAACCCGCAGCAGCUCCGCACAACUUUCCAUUUUUCCCUCAGUGACUCCUCCGCUCGCCGCCUUCUCCGUCCUUAUACUUGCUCCGCGGCCCUCUCUGACUCUCUCUCCCUCUCCGCUCCUCUAGGUCUUCUAUCCAAUUUACCCGGAAGAAGCUGCCGCAUGCUGGUAGACAGGAUGUUCUCCCUUCGCACCGCUGUGCGGAGAGCUUCUACCGCAAAGCCCCUCCGAGCGCUCUCCGCACCGCACGCUGUCGCAUCUGCCAGACUUUGCUCUCCCACAACCCGGGCCUCGCUGAGGGCAUCUGCGGUGCCGCUGCUGCAGAGCCGCCAUUACUCUCGCGCCGCCGACACACACCUUUCCUCUACUCGGACUACCGUCGUCCAGCUGCUGAGUAACAUCGGCUCGAAACGUGAGGUCCAGCAAUAUCUCUCUCACUUCACCUCCGUAUCCUCGCAGCAAUUUGCCGUCAUCAAGGUCGGUGGUGCCAUUAUCACUGAACAUCUCGAGACUCUCUCUUCCGCCCUCGCCUUCCUUAACCAUGUCGGCCUUUACCCCAUCGUCGUUCACGGCGCCGGUCCCCAGCUGAACCGCAUGCUUGAGGCCGCCGGUGUGGAGCCACAAUUUGAGGAUGGUAUCCGAGUCACGGAUGGCAAGACAUUGGCUCUGGCCCGGAAGUUGUUUUUGGAGGAGAACUUGAAGUUGGUUGAGGAGUUGGAGCGCAUGGGUGUGAGGGCCCGCCCUCUCACUGCUGGCGUCUUCCAGGCCGACUACCUCGACAAGGAGAAGUACAACCUCGUCGGCAAGAUUAAUGGCGUUAACAAGACCCCCAUUGAGUCUGCAAUUGAGGCCGGUUGCCUUCCCAUCCUCACGUCUAUGGCGGAGACUCCCGAUGGCCAGGUUCUCAACGUCAACGCUGAUGUUGCAGCCGGAGAGCUUGCGCGUUCUCUCCAGCCCCUUAAGAUCGUUUACCUUGCUGAGAAGGGCGGUUUGUUCAACGGUGAUACCGGCGAGAAGAUUUCCAGCAUCAAUCUCGACGAGGAAUAUGAUCACCUGAUGUCACAGUGGUGGGUGCGUCACGGCACUCGCCUGAAGAUUAAGGAAAUGAAGGAUCUUCUCAGCGAUCUUCCCCGUUCCUCCAGCGUUGCCAUCAUCCACCCGGCCGAUCUGCAGAAGGAGCUUUUUACUGACUCUGGUGCUGGAACUCUGAUCCGCCGAGGAAACAAGGUGCACACCAAGACUUCUCUUUCUGAGUUUGAGGACUUGGCCCAAUUGAAGGAAGUUUUGGUCCGCGACCGUGAAGGGCUCGAUGCUCGGGCGACUGUUGACCGCUAUGUCGAGGGUCUCAAAGAGCGCGACUUCAAGGCCUACUACGACGAGCCCAUGGAGGCUCUGGCCGUUGUCCUGCCCCAGGCGAAGGACUCCGUAACCUCUGCUGCCCACCUUGCCACUUUCACCAUCACCAAGUCUGGGUGGUUGACAAACGUGGCCGACAACGUGUUCGCUGCCAUCAAGAAGGAUCACCCCAAGCUUGUCUGGACCGUCAAGGAAGAUGACGAGAACCUCACUUGGUUCUUUGACAAGGCCGACGGUAGCCUCAGCCGGGAAGGUGAGGUUCUAUUCUGGUACGGCGUUGAGAGCGGCGAUGAGGUGAAGCUCUUGGUUCAAGAGUUCACUCAGCACGGUCGCCAGAUGUUCGGUGACAUCAAUCUUGAGUCUAGACUCCAGCGCGCUGCCCAGGCAGCUGCCAACAUUGGCAAGCCUCUGGGUGCUUCCGCAGGCCAGAAGCGUACAUUUUCUACCGCCACCAACGCGCUCCGCGCUUCUCGCUUCGGACGCCCCGCGGCUCCUAUCCAAAGUGUCCGUACUUACGCCACAACCAACCCUAACCCUCCUCUCGGAGAGAAGAACAACUCCAACACCAAGCCUUCCAAGGUUGCCCUCAUUGGUGCUCGUGGGUAUACUGGACAAGCUCUGAUCAGUCUUAUCAACGCUCACCCCCACCUGGACCUGCGCCACGUCUCUUCUCGCGAGCUGGCUGGCAAGAAGCUACAGGGCUACGACAAGCGUGAGAUUAUCUAUGAGAACCUGAGCCCCGAGGAUGUCAAGCGCAUGUCAUCCAACGGUGAUGUCGACUGCUGGGUGAUGGCCCUCCCGAACGGUGUCUGCAAGCCCUUCGUAGAUGCCGUCGACCAGGGUGCCCAGGACGGAAACGUGAUUGUCGACCUGAGCGCGGACUACCGUUUCGAUAACAAGUGGACCUAUGGUCUGCCCGAACUGAUCAGCCGAUCCAAGAUCGCCCAGGCAACUCGUAUUUCCAACCCUGGCUGCUAUGCCACCGGAACUCAGGUUGCUAUCGCUCCUAUUGUUCCCCACCUCGGUGGACAACCCACCGUCUUUGGUAUUUCUGGAUACUCCGGUGCUGGUACCAAGCCAAGCCCUAAGAACGAUGUCCAGAACCUCACCAACAACAUUAUUCCUUACUCCUUGACGGACCACAUUCACGAGAGGGAGAUCAGCGCUCAGCUUGGUACUCCCAUUGCCUUCAUGCCCCAUGUUGCUGUUUGGUUCCAGGGUAUCUCUCUGACCAUCAACAUUCCUCUCAAGGAGGCCAUGUCCUCUCGUGACAUCCGCAACAUCUACCAGGACCGCUAUGCUGGCGAGAAGCUUGUGAAGAUCAUCGGCGAGCCACCCGUUGUCAAGGACAUUGCUGGCCGCCACGGCGUUGAAGUCGGUGGCUUCGCCGUUCACUCCAAGGAGAACCGCGUCGUUGUAUGCGCCACCAUUGACAACCUCCUCAAGGGUGCCGCCACCCAAUGCCUGCAAAACAUGAAUCUUGCCCUCGGGUAUAGCGAGUACGAGGGUAUCCCUCUUGAAUAGACAUUUAGCGCUUGUUAUAAAUCCUGUGUCGUAUAAAAGCCGAUUUAGUUGGUGGGUAGGUCUGUGAAAUAAAUUCAAACCUGGUUUUGUUUGUUCUUUUUCCCCGUCCGUCUGAAGGGAAAAUAUCUUUUUUUUCUUGGUGCCAAUAUGUAUUUCAAUAUUUCUGGUUGCAUUUCUCAUACAUACCCUGUUUGCACCUUCGGGUUGCUACUCUGAGUCAGGGAUUGUUAGGUUGGUAAGAGUCCGGUUUGGCUCUUGCAGGGGGUCCAUAGUUAACGUACAUCCAGUUUUACAUUACUUUUGUUUUCAUAUUAAGUCACUGUCUUCCUUCAUUUAUACUCGUUUCCACAGCUCGUUCCUCGUUUCGUCGCUUCAGACAAAUCUAAUUUCCCGGCGUUGUAAGGUCUUCGAUAGAGAGGG